AUGAACAAGUUGUACAAAAGAGUAUUGAGGAAUCUACAAUUGGAAAGGGUAGUUGCAAAUGGUGAGAGUACUGGUGAAAACACGUUGCUUAAUGUCUACCUAGAGAAUGGAGAGGAUGCUGGAGUGAAGAAGAGAAUUGGUGAGUUAAUGGGAAGAAGAGACGAGGAGAAAAGAGGGAACACAAAUGAAAUGAGCAAGUCAGACGAGGGAGACCUGGAGAAGGUGCUUCAACUCUACGAGAAUACGCUUAAAUGCAAGAGUGUUCUAGAAGCAAAUAAGAAGGAAGUUGAAGAGAUAGAAAGAAAGGAGUUCAAUAGGAAGAAUGUGGGAAUAUUGGGCAACUUGAAGAAUGAGACAGUGAGACAGCACAAACAGGGUGAAUACAGAAAUGAGAUUGACCAGAUACUGAGAGAGAGAACGGGGUGGAGCAAGGAGGUUGUGAGGCAGCUGGCUGAGAGAGGGGCAGUCUGCCUGGAUGAGAUAUCGGAGAGGGUGGAAGAGAGGAAGAGUGUGCUAUUGGCAGUCUACGACCUGGAAAUGUGUGGAAUUGUGGAAUACGACAGAAUCAGGGAGAGGGUGGAGUUCAAGGAGUUUGAAGAGGGUGGUUUGUGGUGA